UUGGAAAGUUUGCCGAUGAGGCGAGGGUUAAAUCCACCCCACAGGGUGAAAUCUAUCUCCAUGACAACAUUCACACAACAGGAAAUUGAAUUCCUGCAAAAACAUGGGAAUGAAGUCUGUAAACAGAUUUGGCUAGGAUUAUUUGAUGAUAGAUCUUCAGCAAUUCCAGACUUCAGGGAUCCACAAAAAGUGAAAGAGUUUCUGCAAGAAAAGUAUGAAAAGAAAAGAUGGUAUGUUCCGCCAGAACAAGCCAAAGUGGUGGCAUCCGUUCAUGCGUCUAUUUCAGGGUCCUCUGCCAGUAGCACAAGCAGCACGCCUGAGGUCAAACCACUGAAAUCUCUGCUCGGAGACUCAGCAGCAGCACUGCACUUCACCAAGGGCACUCCAAGCCAGUCCCCUGUGGUAGGUCGCUCUCAGGGCCAGCAGCCGGAGAAGAAGCAGUUUGACCUUUUGAGUGAUCUUGGCUCAGACAUCUUCGCUGCCCCAACUCCUCAGUCGACAGCGACGGCCAAUUUUGCUAACUUUGCACAUUUCAACAGUCAUGCAGCUCAGAAUUCUGCAAAUGCAGAGUUUGCAAACUUUGAUGCAUUUGGACAGUCUAGUGGUUCGAGUAAUUUUGGAGGUUUCCCCACAGCAAGUCACUCUCCUUUUCAGCCCCAAGCCACAGGUGGAAGUGCUGGAUCAGUAAAUGCUAAUGUUGCUCAUUUUGAUAACUUCCCCAAAUCCUCCAGUGCUGGUUUUGGAGCCUUCAGUACUUCCCAGAGCCAUCAGACAGCACCGGCUGUUAGUAGAGUGUCAACGAGUAACAGUGGUCUACCGACAGCGGACAAAUACGCAGCCCUUGCUAAUUUAGACAAUAUCUUCAGUGCUGGGCAAGGUGGUGAUCAGGGCAGUGGCUUUGGGGCCACCAGCAAAGCUCCUGCUGCGACUGUGGUUCCAGUUCCCAGUCAGCCAAGCGCCACUUCAGACAAGUAUGCAGCUCUGGCGGAACUCGACAGCGUAUUCAGCUCGGCAGCCACCUCGAGUAAUGCGUACACGUCCACGAGUAACGCCAGCAGCAAUGUCUUUGGAGCAGUCCCAGUGGGUGCGUCUGCACAGACACAGCCUGCUUCUUCCAGUGUGCCUGCCCCCUUUGGAGCUCCACCUUCCACAAAUCCAUUUGUUGCUGCUGGUGGCCCUGCUGUGGCGUCUUCCACAAAUCCAUUCCAGACCAAUGCCAGAGGAGCAACAGGCCUGUCUGGAGCACUCCACUCUCAAGUCUUUCCUCACGCUCAUUUUGCCGCCACUUUUGGCACGGCAUCCAUGAGCAUGCCUGCGGGCUUCGGGACUCCUACCCCCUACAGUCUUCCCACCAGCUUUAGUGGCAGCUUUCAGCAGCCUGCCUUCCCGGCCCAAGCCACUUUCCCUCAGCAGACAGCAUUUUCUCAGCAGCCCAAUGGUGCAGGUUUUGCAGCAUUUGGACAGACAAAGCCAGUGGUGACUCCUUUUGGUCAAGUUGCAGCUGCUGGAGUAUCUAGUAAUCCCUUCAUGACUGGUGCACCAACGGGGCAGUUUCCAGCAGGAAGCUCAUCAACCAACCCUUUCUUAUAGCCUUAUAUAGACACUUUCCCGGAACGAACUUGAACGUGGUCACAUUACAUCUCUCCGCCUCUUGCACUGUUGUAUUGUUUCACUGAUUUAGCUUUAAACACAAGAGAAGUCUUUGAAAAACCUGCAUUGUGUAUUAAACACCAGGUAAUAUGUGCAAAACAGAGGGCUCCGGUAACAACUUGUAACCUGUGAAUUGGCAGAAAAAGGUAGCGGUAUCAUGUAUAUUAAAAAUUGGCUAAUAUUAAGUUAUUGCAGAUACCACAUUCAUUUUGCUGCAGUACUGUACAUAUUUUUCUUAGAAAUUAGCUAUUUGUGCAUAUCAGUAUUUGUAACUUUAACACAUUGUUAUGUGAAAAAUGUUACUGGGGAAAUAGAUCAGCCACUUUUAAGGUGCUGUCAUAGAUCUGGAAGCGAAUGACCUGAAAUCAUUUGAACCAAUGCUACUGGAAAGUUACUAAGUCAGAUUGGAAGGUUUUAUUCAUAGUUGAAUUUUUCCUUUCUAAAGAGCUCUUCUAUUUAUACAUGCCUAAAUUCUCAAAAAAAUAAAAUGUAGAAGGAUACCUGUCUGCAUAAAAUAAAGCUGAUCAUGUUUUGCUACAGUUUGCAGGUGAACAAUAAUAAAUAUGAGAAAAUAUGCUAUUGUUUUUGUGUUUUUGCUGCAAUGCCUUUACCAAAGUGGCCUUAAAUAUGAGCAGUGAAUUGAGAACAUCUUGAAUUCUUGAAUCGGAAUACCUGAAGACUUCCUCGUGACUGACUUUUGCAUAAAAAAGAACACUUUAUAAAAAGGCCAUGUAGACAAUUCAUUAAAACGACAAUGACUGCUAUGUUUGGGAGUAUGUCCGUGGUAAAGCAUUUAAAUGUAGCUGGUCCGUCAAAUCCACCGUACUUUUUCUCAUUUCUUUGCAACGUCAUGAUUUUGUGAAAAUUUGUAUAUAUGAAGAAUUUGCAUGUAUGUAUAUUACAAUUUUUUUAAGGUAUCUGGAAUUCUCUGACAAAAUACAAAAGGCCUAUUUUAACUAUUGAUUUUUUAAAAAAUAUCAUCUUUGAAUGUAUUGAAAAGCAGACAUGACAUUAACUGUGACAUGAUUGCACCUCAGUUUUUGUUUUGUGUUUGCUUUUCUGGGGGACAAACUGAUCUUAAUAAACUUUUGUUUAUUUUCACUUGGUGGGGAAAAAACUGGAACGUUAAGCAGAAUGGCCAGGUUCCCUUAAAGUUACAGAAUGCUUUGUUUAAAGAGGUAAUGAUACUAAUGUUUAGUCAUAUCUUUUUGUUAUUCUUCAAAGGAACGUGUUUAAUUAUUUAUGUACAGUGAUGUCUCAUUCAUCCAGAGAACAUCUGGCAGUCAUACCACAACCAAACACAACUGAAAUACUUGGGGUUUGGGGGAGAAGAAGGGCUCCGUGAGCAGCCCACCUCCAUCGCUGAAUCUCCCCACGGUGACCAGGCACUUGUUUUUGGACAUUUUCCAUCGUUUUCACCCCAAACGUCACAUGUUAGCUUGAAAGGAGACUGACAGCCCUGAUGGACAAACAUGUUCUGUCCAGGAUGGUGGAGAGCAGGAACAGCCCAUCAGCUUAGAGGCGAUCUCUCUGUCCCAUCUGUGUCCCUCAUGGUCAUUGUCCACUGCCAGGGCUCUGUGUCACCCAGAAAAGAAGUUUCCUCUUCAAAUGAUUUACUUUAAAAAACAAACAAACCUGGAGAGAAGUGAACAUCUGUGUUCUGAACUAUGUGAAUGCCUUUUCCAGUGUGGCCUCCCGAGUUGCUGCACUGUGCUCUGGCACUCCGUCUGUGUGGACAGAGAUAAAGUGACACCGCUGCAGGCCCUGACCCACACAACCGACUGGCCUAAGAACCAAGUAAAUUAAACAAUUGCUGUCCAAAUACUUUUCAGGACUAUUUUUUUCUCUCCCAGGUUAAUGUUACGUUUCCAACAAAGGGGAACCCUCUGAGGCCUGGCCCUGUUUUCAGUGAGUGCUCCUAGAACCCAAUCAAUGCUUGCUUUAAGAAGAGCUCCAACGUUAUUUACUUCUCGUGGUGCUGUUAACUGUUAAAAACUGUCGUGGGCGUUUUAGAUGGCGACUAGCUCCUGUCAAAACCUCGAACAUGACAAGACUGAAGACAGACUGCACCCCCCAAGUGUCCUGGCCACUGGGGGAAGCACAUCUCCUCUCCUCUUCUGCUCUGGCUCAGCACCAGGGAUGGGAUGCCUUUUCUUUUAACCUCUUUAAUCUCAUUUGCAGGCAUGUUUAACUCUAAUUUUGGUGACAGUAGAGAUUAGCGGCUCCUUUUCUUUCUUAAAAUAAUUCCUUCUGUACAAUUGAAGAAGCAAAUCAGUACUUUAUUUGUGGUCCACCCACCCCGCCUCCAUCACAAACCCUGUCUAGAACAAUUUCUGUAAAUUGGGCAAAAUGGAGGGAGUAGCUCUGCUUCCUUACCGCCAUCCAAAAGUUUCUGCUCGGUUUUUCUUCCAGAUCCGUAACUUAGCAAUCGUGGAAGACUCCAAGAGACUUUGUGUGGGUGGCUUAUGUCAAUGGAAAUUUACUGUUAGAAAUUAAUACUGAAAUGUUUUUAAAAUGUAUUUAUUCACUUAAAAACAAUAAACUCAUUACAUGUUAACAUAAA